AUGAAGAAGUGUAUUAUUUGGGCGCUGGCCCUUGGACCUGCUCUUGUUCAAAAGGCAGUAGGAGGAGCAGUAGCAGCACCUGGUUUAUUUGAGAAUAAGGCGAGCCAACAACGAGGCCACAUUGUGAUUCUAGCAGAAGGCUUACACGAUAGAUAUGUUGAUACGCAUUUAGACUGGGUGAGGGAUUUGCAUAAGCGCAGCCUAAAGAAGAGGGACGGCAAGGACCAUAGACAAGGCAUUCAGCACACAUAUCGCGCCAAGUCUGUUGGGUUUCACGGCUACGCGGGCUCAUUCUCCGACGAUGUGCUGGAUGAGAUUAAAAGGCAUAAUCAUGUUCUGUCGGUAGAAGAAGAUGGGUUUAUUACUGCCGAAUACAAUAAAGGAGAGGACGCUUAG